AAUUUACGUGAUAAUCGUCUGUUACCCCGAUCACCCUCACCUUAUGAUGCUACUCCAUCUCCAACUGAUUCUGGAUACUCCAGUUAUUCAAGUAAAUAUUCAUCUCCACCUUCUGCAAGUUCUCCAAACGGAAACAAACCUUUUCUUCCGUUCAUGCAAAAAUACCAACAAGCCACCGCCGGAAAACCGCCAUCACAAACGUCGUCUGAACCGAGAGAUCGAUUACAGAAUAAUUUUAAUACAAAUGGAAGCAAUUAUUCUAGCAAAUUUUCAAGUAAUUCUGAUAAUUUUGACAGCGAAGUAAUGCCAAAACACAGACCACAUGAUGCAUAUGGGUCAUCAAAUGAGAAUCGUAGUCAAAGACAGGAUCGCUAUUUGCGAGGUCCUAAUGACAUUUACAAUAAUGAUCGCGAUCAUAAGUAUCGAGAGGAAGAGCGUAGUCGAAGCAGAUCACCUGCGGGAUACGAUCGUACCAAUGAUCGAUCUGAUUAUGGUUCAAAAUUUCCCCAACCUUCAUUAAAUCAGUCAAAUGGCACAAGAGAUUACGAACAGCUCUACAAACCUACCUAUGAUCAACAAGAUAAUAAACCAUUGUACGGUUACUCUGAUUCUGGAAUGCAGCAUUCUCACAAACAUUCACAAGAUAAAAAUAACGUUUCGCCACAAUACGUACCUCCACUGUUCGAUAAUGGUGGUAAAAAUCAUAGAAAAAAUGAGCAUUCAUUAUCAUCUUUAAAUUCUAGCACAUCUGGUCGUGAUACGAAUAAAGGAAUUUCUGAUGACUCUAAAGAACUCUUUGGUAGUGGAUUUGAUGAUUUGAUGGAAGAUUUAAUGAGAGAGAUGGACAAUAUGCAAACUCCUGCUUCACGAAGUGAUGGUAUCGGAGGACUGCAUUCAGGCCAUAUGAAAAAUAAACCGUCAUCCGGAAGGAAAGAGGUUCAUAUUUGCGCUUAUUGGUAUGUAUACUGUCCGAACGAUUUUGCUGAUCUGUUUUUACCAAAGUGUCGUAGAUGCCACCUACCAGUAGAAAGAGAAGCUGUAAGUGCGAGCGAUGGAAAACUGGAAGGAAA